AUGGCAUCUUCAUUUGCUUCAAAACCCAAGGGCUGGGGAAACAACAAGGCGAACAACUGGGUACUUGACGGCGAUAUCUUUUCCAAAGAUUCACCUAAGGCUUAUGCUCCCCUAGGAUAUGGCACACUCACCGAACCUUCGGUUGUACGGCCUGAGGACUUCAAGAAUGAUAUGCAGCUCCCAUCAUAUGAAACUCGGCACCCAUUAAGAGUAUCUAAACCCCUUGGUGCUACUUUUGUAGACACGGAAUCAGAAAAGCCAGAUGACUCGCGGUUAUCACGGCGGCCUGUUUUGCGGGAUGAUUCAGCUUCCGCAUCCUCCAAGAGCGAUCCUAUAUCACGGGUUGUCCGUGAAAUGCGUGCUCGACGCACUACUCUUAUGUUGGGCAAGACUGUUUUAACAGAAGAAAGCAGUCUUGCGACCAACCGGGUGUACUUGGACAAGAUUUUAAAGCGCAAAGGCGGUAGCGGUGAUGAUGAUGAUGAUGGAAAUGGCGAUACGGAUGGAGACAAGAAGAAGGCUCGGCUAGGACCUCGUGGAAGCAGUAGUGGAGACGAAAGAGAGGAUGGCGAUCGAGGUUCAUUCGGGGCAACUGGUGCCGAUUCUAGCUCCAGGGGCAGCAGCAAUACCAGGUACAACUACGACGACAACAACAACAACAGCAAUGGAAGCAAUAGCAACAAUGGCCCAAAAAGUAGAGGCCAAGGCGAAAACAACGGCACCGAUGAGACUAGUGCGAAAACUAAUUCAUUGAAUCGUAUUGCUAUGGAUAAAAAUAAUAAUCAAGUAAAGGUCAAAAGUGAGGAUGAAGAUGACUUUUAUGGAAGCGGUGAGCAUACGGUUGCAGCCGAAACAGUGUUGCGUAUGGUGGACCAGUCAUUAGUGGAGACUCCGGAAAAGGCACGCAAAUAA